GUUAUAUGCAAGUCAGCGUAACAGCUUAUUGAAGUUUUUACAAUGAUUUACGAUUAUUUUGAUAAUUUUCCUGGUGUGAACUUUUUUGGUACAUUAGGCAACCAACAAUUACAACACUGGGCAAAGUGGCCCUAAAUCAAUCAAAAAUUGCCAAAAAAAAACAAAAACGCGGGCAUUAUCAUAAUUAACCCCAAAAAACACCGUUUAAUUGCACUUUUCAUACAAAAAAAUCAAAUUUUGUGUAUUAUUGACAUUUGACAGUGGUCAACUUGUCAAAAAUUUGUGGUUAGGUGCAAGCACAUGUGUCACAAAUUCCACCCAAAAUGGAAUAUAUAACGGAGCUGCCGCCCCCCGAAGCCCCAAAAAACAAAAUUCUGUGCUGCGAAUGCGGUACCCCCAUCGAGCCCAACCCCUCGAACAUGUGCGUGCCUUGCCUCCGCACCAAAGUCGACAUCACUGAAGGCAUCCCCAAACAGGUCACUCUGCAGUUCUGUCGCGGCUGCGAGCGCUACUACAGCCCCCCGUCCGAAUGGACCCACUGUGUGCUCGAAUCAAAAGAAUUACUUUCAUUAUGUUUGAAAAAACUGAAAGGUUUGAGUCGGGUUAAGUUGGUCGACGCUGGCUUUGUCUGGACCGAACCCCACUCCAAACGCAUCAAAGUCAAGCUAAGGGUGCACGGAGAAGUGCUCGGUGGGGCUGUGCUGGAGCAGGUGUUUAUCGUUGAUUACGUGGUCAGUCACCACAUGUGCGAUGACUGUCACCGGUCGGAAGCCCAGAACUUCUGGCGGGCUUUGGUGCAAGUGAGACAAAAGGCCGAGAAUAAAAAAACGUUCUAUUAUCUGGAGCAGCUGAUUUUGAAGCAUAAGGCGCACGAUAACACCCUGGGGAUUAAACCGAUUCAUGAUGGGCUUGAUUUUUUCUACGCCACUGAGGCCCACGCCCGGAAAAUGGUCGAUUUCCUUGCCGCCAUGCUCCCGUGCAAAUACAAUCAUUCGAAAAAACUAAUCUCGCAUGAUAUUCACAGCAACUUGUACAAUUACAAAUUCACAUAUUCGGUGGAAAUCGUUCCGGUGUCGAAAGACAGUUUGGUGUGUUUGCCCAAAAAACUGACGCAACAAUUGGGCGGGAUUUCCCCCAUUUGUCUGGUGUACAGGGUUACCAACUCGCUGCAUUUGAUCGACCCAUCAAGGGCGCAAAUUGCCGAAAUAAAUAGCACUGUUUAUUGGCGCUCUCCGUUCAAUGCCAUCUGUAAUCCGAAACAACUGGUCGAGUACGUGGUUAUGGACAUUGAGCCGAUUAUGGAUAAAGACCGUAAGACUUUCCCGGGACAGGGGGCUAUUUCAAAUAAGCAUGUCUUGUCGGAUAUUUGGGUCGUCAGAGCGUCUGAAUUGGGGGUUAGCGACAAUACAAUACACACAAGGACACACUUGGGGCACGUGUUGAAACCAGGCGACUAUGUUUUGGGUUAUAAUCUUGAAGACAGUAACAUAAAUGAUGGAAAUUUUGAUAAAUUGGACAAGAACAGUGUCCCUGAUGUUGUUUUGGUGAAGAAAUAUUACGAUAGGAGUGAGAGGAAGAGGAGGAGAGUGUGGAAGUUGAAACACAUGGCUCAGGAAGAGACGGCGUUGAUCACCGAUAACAGGGAUUAUAACGAGUUUUUGGACGAUUUGGAGGAAGAUCCCGAUUUGCGCCAAAACAUUAAUAUUUUUAAGGAUAAUACGAAGCAAAUUCCCAUCGAUUCGGGUGAUGAUGUUGAUGAGAAUGUUCCAAGGAUAACAUUGGCGGAAAUGUUGGACGAUUUGGUUAUUGACGAUGUUGAAAUGUCCGAAGUUUGAUUACAGGAACCUGUAAUUUCUAAGUUAUGAUUUGAUAAACCAGGCUUGCAA